AUUUGCAAUUAUCUAUUCUAUUCUAUUCACGUUUUAAUUUACGAUCGAACUUUCUAAGAUCAUCAUCAAUCCCCGAUCGAUAAUUAUAUACAAUGGCGUGGUGCGCCGCCGUGACGACCUUCCAAUUCUCGCCGAUCAACGCACCACCAGCGGCUCAGACCGUCAACCACCGCUGCGUGCCUUUGUCCGUCGCUAACCGUUGCCGCCGACCACCGGUGGUCUUCGCUUCCGCCGCCAGUGCUGCUGCUAUAACAGGUAAUAAGGAGGUGAUUGAAACAGACAAGGCUCCAGCUGCAGUGGGGCCUUACUCUCAAGCCAUCAAAGCUAAUAACAUGAUUUUUGUGUCUGGUUCUCUUGGCCUACUCCCAGAGACUGGACAACUUAUCUCGGACAGCGUGGACGAUCAAACUGAGCAGGCGAUGAAAAACAUUGGCGAGAUACUUAAAGCAGGUGGAGUCGGCUAUGAUUCCGCCGUCAAGACAACUAUUAUGUUAGCUGAUAUCAAUGACUUCAGCAGAGUCAAUGCAAUUUAUGCUAAAUAUUUUCAGGUAGACCCGCCGGCCCGCUCGACCUUUCAGGCCGGAGCACUGCCUCUGGGUGCAAAGGUCGAGAUCGAUUGCAUCGCCGUGCUGCCGUAAUCGCAGCAGCAGCAGCAGCCGCAACUCGAUUGAGACUCAAAUAAGCUUUGUAAUCUGCUACCUAAAUAACUACUCAAUCGAGACUCGAAUAAGCUUGUAACCGCUAAUCAGAUGGAUUUCACAUAAAUAAUCAUAAAGAGUGCCAUUGUCUGAA